AUGGCUUUGACGCAGAUUCCUUUUCCUGCUGCGCUUCUCGGAAAGUUCGAGGCAGGACAAGUCUCGUCUUCCUUCCAGGCGAAGCAUGCUUCGCCUGCGACAUCACCGGCCAGCACGGGUGGCACAUUCUCGGAGGCUGUGGCUGACUCGCCGAUCUCGCUGACGGGCACGAAAUCCGCUUUUUUCACUGCCAAUGCUUCGGAGAAGUUUCAGCUUCAUAAGGCAGGGCAAUGCCAUCCAUGUGUGGCCUUCGCCUACAGAGCGGGCGGGUGCUACAAGGGUGACAGUUGCACCCACUGUCACUGUUGCACAGCCGCAGAAGCAAGCGUGCGAAGAAGGCAACUGCAAGAAGCCGCACGCCGGCAACGGAAGCAGCAGCGAGAUCAAGGGGCGAUAGCAGCUCGCAUUCUUGCCGGAGAGUCCUUUUGGCUUUGA